AGGGAAAGAGCAAGCGAACCGGAGAGAGACCUGCUAUUUUCUGUGAGAACAGGCUACCCUUUCUGCUCAGGUCUAUGUAGUCUUGACAAACCACUGUUCCAGUAUAUAAAAUUAAAGAAGAUUUUUUUAAUCAGUGCCCAGAAGAAAAGGACAAUUUAAUGGAUUUGUUGGACAGAUCUUUAGGGCCGUGCCUCUGGAAUACGCCAUUUAAGAGUAAACGGCCAAAAAUCGAUUUAUAGAUCGAGAUUUUAUUUGAUAAAAUCACAGCAAAUAUUUUCUUCCGCCAGGGAUUCGCAACGCAGAGCAACUCGUCUGGCUUUCUCUGAGACCCAGCUGGAGCUUCGUCUACUUACAUCCCAGAGAUGGCGGAUGCGGAGGAGGUUUUUGGGCUUCUAAGUCCGCCGAGUGACUCGGAUUCAAAGGAAUUAAAUGAUGAAGGUGGACAAGAGAAUCGGAUACAAACUUCUUGCAAGUCACCGUCAGCGAAGACGUCGUACAUUCAACAGGGCAUGGAAGGGAUUAAAGUUCACUUGCACGAAAGAGAGCUAUGGACAAAAUUUCACGAAGUUGGCACUGAAAUGAUUAUCACCAAAGCUGGGAGGCGGAUGUUUCCAAGUUACAAAGUCAAGGUGACUGGAUUAAAUCCCAAAACGAAAUACAUUCUCUUGAUGGAUGCAGUACCUGCAGACGACCACCGGUACAAGUUUGCUGACAACAAAUGGUCAGUGACAGGCAAGGCAGAGCCCGCCAUGCCUGGGAGGCUGUACGUACACCCAGAUUCACCAGCAGCGGGUGCCCAUUGGAUGCGGCAACUCGUCUCUUUUCAGAAGCUGAAACUGACAAACAACCACCUCGACCCUUUUGGGCAUAUUAUCUUAAAUUCCAUGCACAAAUACCAGCCGAGAAUACACAUUGUGAAAGCAGAUGAAAAUAAUGGAUUUGGCUCCAAAAACACAGCCUUCUGUACACACGUGUUUCCCGAGACAUCGUUCAUUGCUGUCACAUCAUACCAGAAUCAUAAGAUCACCCAGCUGAAGAUUGAAAACAACCCCUUCGCUAAGGGCUUCCGGGGGAGCGAUGACAUGGAGCUGCACCGGAUAUCCAAAAUCCCAAGCAAUAAGGAGUAUCCAAGGGUUCCACAAACUACAAUACACCAGAGGCUGGCGCCCAGUACGACCGCCUUCAGCAUAGAAGCACGGGGUCCAUCUUCAGCAGGUGGACUGAGUGUAUCCCAGUAUCCAUGUGAAAAGAUUAAAAAUGGCCCACCGGACCUCCUACCCCCCUCCUACGCUGUACCCCACAAUCACUACCAAGACUACCACUGCACAAGAAGGAAAGUGGAUGGGGAAUGUCAUACAGGAGAUCACCUGUAUAAGAAGUCAUAUAUCGAGAGCAUCACCAGUGAGGAUGAGCACUACUAUCGACCAGCCAGCUAUUCUCAGUCCCUGGCCUUGGCCAGCAGUCCCUACAGGGCAGAGUCCACCCAACGGCAGGCCUGCAUGUAUGCCAGCACAUCCCAGGCAAUGGAGCCCUUGACCAACCUGGAAGACAUGAGCUGUAGCACCUGGACCAGCAUGUCACCUUAUGGCAGCUGCACGGUGGCUGCCGUGCCCUCCGUGGAGCGACGACCCUACCAGCACUUCUCUGCCCACUUCACUUCGGGGUCCCUAGUGCCCAGACUAAGCGGGACAUCUGGCCAUACCUCACCUCAACUUCACAGGGACACCCACACUGUGUACCCUAACCCAACGGCUCAUCAGCCCCCGCCCCGUCAAUGUGGCCCAAACGUGUCUACCAGCAGCCCUGAGUAUUUGUAUGCCCAUGCCAUGCCCCGUGCCCUGUCCCCACACCAUUACCACGCAGUUCCCACUGUGGGCAUCGUGCCUGAGUGGAGUGAGGGCACCUAGCUCCAGGAUGGCUUUUGCAUGCCUGACGUGAACUUCAGCAAUGAGAACAGGAGUGCAGAUAGACAUGCAUGCGACAGAUCAAGACACCAAGGUCAAUGGAGGACAGAAUCUCCCCAGACUGAUAAAUAUUUUUUUCAAGCAGUUUGUUUUUGCACAUUUUUAUGAAUUGUGUUUUUAGGUGUUGCAUGUAUGCAGUUAGUUUUAAAUGAUUACUAUAUAAAACAAAGUACUUUCAAAGUUUAAAAUUAAACCAGUACAGUUUUCAUCAGCUCUAAAAAAUUCAUGUUUACUCCUUUAUCUACAAUUUAAAAAAUAGUAAUAAGGUUGUCAUUGGAAAAACAUUAUUGACACAUUGAACUUUUAAGUUUGUAUGAAUGUUCAAAAUUCAUUUCAUGUUAUCCUUGCUUGAUUAAGACCGGCCUGAAAUGACCUCUUCCCUAAAACUAUAGUGCGCUGGUACAAGCAGCUCAUGCUUUCCUUGUAAUCAUACAGCCCUCAUUCUUUCUGAUUUACGGUUCGGCUGUUUGGUUCAUGACCCUCCUAAGUUGCAUGUCCCCUUUAAUUAACAUGUUUCUUAUUUUUAAAACUUCUGUACUACAUGGGUAUGUGACAGGUCUCAGUGACAUGAGAUUAACUUCAGUUUUUUGGUCACAGCCCACUAUCCAUCUAUAAGAGAUCAUGUUUGAUGACUGAUCAAAUCCAUACCUAUAUCCUCCUAACUCCUUAAAAUAGUCAGGGUCACACUAGGGCCUGGAGUCUAUCCCAAGCUACAUAGUGCAUUUCUUUUGGCCUGUAUGAGGAAACUGCCAUGAUACAAAGAGAACAUGCAAACACCACACAGAUUUGAAGUAGAAGUCAAACUCCUAAUCCUGGACAUAUAAAGCAACAGUGCAACCCACUGAGCCACUAUGCCAUUGUCAAAAUACAAGAAACAGAACCAUAUAAGAAAUCCAUGCUGCCUUUCAUUAUUUUAUGAGCUGCUACAUACAUAAGCUGUUAUGCCUACAAAUCAAAGUAUCCUGAGGUAGGCUGUCAAGAGCACUGCUAGUAAAGGGGAAGAAAGAGUUACUUAAUGGGGUCAGAGGCAUGCCUGAUGAUUCAAGGUGGCUCAUUUCAAGGUUUAUAGUGCCACACAAUACACAAUGUACGCAUGUGCAAUAAUGAUAUCGCAGGAUGUGCAACGUCAAGUACGGCAAAUGAAACACGAACACAUCAUGCUACAACUUUUUUGCUGCUUGAUACAAAAGGAAAACUCACAUGCUUCUCCUUUUCCAUGAUUAAUCUACAACAGAAGUCUGUCUGCUAUAACAAUUUACUCUGAUUUAAGGGGGUUUGAAUACACAGAGUUUGUAGCUAGUGAGUGAGAUGCAGAUGUGCGAUAUUAAUACUGGCAUGACGUGUUAGUGUCGCUGAAACAUUUUUCUUCUGUCAUAGGAUUGUCAAAUUUAAUAAGCUUUGCAAUUUUAAUGAUUAUUCCUUUUCAGUAUUAUCUAGUAUAAUGUGAUGUUUUCGUAUACCAUAGAACAUGCGGACAACUUCUGUUAAACCAACAGUAAUGUUUACUAGAAGUACUCUGGUCAAUGACAUGUAUAUAGCUGUCUACCACUUUGCAGGCUCCCCCGCGUCAGUCUUCCCAGUGCCGCUACCUGAUCCGUACAAUCUACCCAAUCUGUUCCUUCCGGAUCCUGUUCACCUACUUUACAUGUGCGCAUGCAUGUUGCUACCCAAUUUGUACUGGAAGUCCAAUUUACCGCAGCCCCCAAUACAAGACAAUGCAUGCGGGAAAACGUCUAUGCUAAAAGUAUAGUAGUAAUAACAAAUCGAUCGUCAUUAUGAUUACUACAUAUAAUAUUUAAUUACAAAUGUAAAAAUGACUUUUACAUUAUAACACUUUAUCAAUCCUCAUCACCGCCAAACAGCUGCAGUAUACAUCACUGACAUGAACACUCUGUCGCAACAAUCUAUAGUAUUGUACACACUGUAAACACUACACACAGGUUAAGAAAAUAAAUCAGUUUAAGUUUACCAUAAUUGCUUUUGCAUGAAUUCUGCAUGCUGUCUACGAGCCAAUCAUUUUCAUCCCUCCUGCUUAAAUCACUCACAGCCGGGUCUGAUAUUUUUCAAUAUCAAGCAGUCCUAGUCAUUUUUAAAUGUUCUUACUGCCCAAUAUAAAAUGUAAAGUAUAAAGCAGUAUAGUUCACAGAAUGCCAACAAUUUGUAAAUACCAGUUUUUAAUGUUUAUAGUAUUUAUUGUACCUAAACACUAGGAAAUUGUUAGUUUCCAGUUGAUAUGAAUGUUUUGCUAGUUGCCCUUCCCACCUAUUUACCUUUUUAACAUAAUGAAAUGCUUUUGAUUAGAAAAUGGCUAUUAAAAAUGGCAUUGUAAUGUAUGUAAAUAAACACUAUAUGUAGCGAGAACGCAAGUACAUUUUAAGGAAUAUUUUAGCUUUAUUUCUCUGAUUGUUUUCCAUCAUUAGUAGAAAUUAAAGAAUUUUCAACCAAUAAUCAAUUUAGAAAUAUACUUUGUGAUCCUAUAUAAACACUUGUAUGUUGCAGGGAUACAAAUUGAAAAAAGUCCCUCCUACCGAGGAACUUACAGGGAGAUACAAUUGAUUAACAAUGCAGACAAAGUGGCCCUGCUAAUCACUCUGCCCGGAUAUGAGACCCAACACAUCUUCAUGCUGUGCAUGAUACAGCACACACUUGUGAUGGAGAAGGGGGGGGGGCAAUCAAUUAAACUAAACUUUAGAAUGUA